AUGGCCAAGGGUCAUUCGCAGAAGGACGGUCUGCCGUCCACGCCAGUCGAGAGGAUCAAGGCCCUGCAAGCGUCGUUGGCUUCGUCGACGGACUUGAAUCCGAUCGCGACAUUGAUCACAGAUGCACGCCGCUUGCAUUCGAAGCUUGAACGUUCAGCGGAUGAGCGUACCCUCAUCAAGGCACUCACCCUCGCUGUGCGUGUUGUCUGCCAGAGUUUUGUGAGCCUUUGCGAGAAGGAUGGCAUGGACCUGGAGCAUGUGGAUGAGCAUGGCCGACUUACUUGGGCGGAGGCAACGGAUGCGAAAGGCAAGGUGGCCAAGUGGCUCAAGCAGCAAUGGAAUGCGUUCCUCUCGCUGCUCCAUGACGAAUUGCUUCUGUCGGGCUCAUCGUCGGUGCGUCUGGCAGCGCUGGAUAUAAGUAUGUCAUUGCAGACGGCCGCAUCGGAAACGCUGCAUCGUCAUGCACUUGCGAAGCAGUCUAGCACAGGGCGCUGGUCUGUUACGCCUUUCCGUUCUCUCGUGCAAACGUGCUUAUGGCGCACGAUGGCCGACGAUGUGAUAGAUACAUUGGCCGAGUCGUAUCUGGAAGUCUACGACGACGUGCGGUACAUGUUUUGUAAAGAGAUCAGUCGCCUCCUGCGCCACGUCCCCGACGCUUCCUUGCAGCAUGCACACAUUCGUUCCCAUGCACGCACAUGGCUGUGCCGCAUCACGGCCAUUCCUACCGAGGUGUCUCACCUGAACAAUUUCCUAGUGCCGCACCUCGCCAAGGGACCAAAGAAAAGGAAAGCAAAGAAAUCAAAGCCGCACUUCACGGAAGAUGGAGGUAGUGACGACGAUGACGAAGAAGUCCAGACCGCGCCGAUCUUUUCAGAUACUGAAGACGAGGAAGACGAGGCAGAGCGUCCCGCUGCUGUUCAAGCCAGCAAGAAACGGCGUCGGGCGCGUAAUGCAGGCCUUCUUGAGUCGGUUCACUCCUUGCCCGCGCAGCGCCAGGCAUUUGCAGCGGCUUGGCUCGGCUUACUUCUGCCUCAAACGCACACGGACGCCCAGGGCCACCUGAUCGUUCACGGUGGCGCAUUGACUCUGGCCGAGACCCAUGAUAUUCUCGUGCGUCUGCAUGCGCAGAUUCUUCCUCAUCUGCCCAAGCCGACCAUGCUGCACGACUUCUUGGUCGACUGUUUAGAUACCAAGGGCACGACUGCCCUCUUGGCCCUCAAUGGUCUAUUCACAUUGAUUGUGCACCACAACCUCGACUACCCUGCCUUCUAUACGCGCUUGUAUGGCCUGCUUGACGCCUCCGUGAUGCAUACGCGCUACCGCAGUCGGUUCAUGCGUAUGCUCGAUACCUUUUUAGCCUCUACGCACCUGCCUGUGGCUAUUAUUGCGUCGUUUAUCAAGCGGCUUAGCCGUCUUUCCCUGCGAGCCACUCCAGCCGCGCUCGUAGAGAUCGUGCCGUUUGUUUGGAACCUGCUUAAGCGCCAUCCCAGCUGCAUGCCGAUGAUUCACCGUGAGUGGCAAGGAGAUCACUUGGCAUUGGGACCCAGUGGUGUCCAAGAUGGAUUCAAUGCACAGGAGACCAACCCCCUGCAUACCGGCGCCCUUCAAAGCUCUCUUUGGGAACUGUCCACGUUUGGCGCCUACCGCCUGAGCCAGGCAAGUCAGCAAGGAGCUACUACGUCUGGUGGUGACACGCAUUACUUGGGCUCCGUCACGACCUUUGCCUCGAUUCUUGCCGAGCCUUUCACGCAGAACAAGUAUGAGCUGGAAGACUUUUUGGACUCGACGUACACCACCAUGUUCGAGACAGAAACCAAAAAGACACUCCAGCGUCGUCAGCGCGCGAACAAGCCCGUGGUCCCACCGGCCGUAGCGCCGCUGGAUAUCACACUAUCUGUGCCGCCUCUGCUUGCUGAUAAAUCAGGGCAUGCGGACGUUGCCGUUCGUCGUGAGACACGUAAGCGCUUGCGGCUGGCGAUACACCGCUGGAGCAAGAUCGACGUGCGAUGCCCGUAG